AUGAUGCGACAAAGUGAAUGGUUUUUUAUUAAUAAUAUUAUAGAUUCACAUAGUGAAUAUGAAUUAAAUAAUUAUGCUGCCAUCGCUUUGAAAAUUCGCGAUCUACGUCUUGAUUUGAAUAAAACAGAAGCAUUAAGCAAUACGAUUCUUAUUCUACUCGGUGAUCAUGGUUUGCAUGGUCAUAAAUGGAAGGAAUUAUAG